CACAUAAAUAUCCCUCUGUGGUCCACAUUAAAUCAUAUUCAGCAACAUAUAGCAUCAACUGCAGCUCUUCAUCUUCUACUGAGUUCAUCUUGCAAAUCAAGAACAAUGAAACGCAGUACAGUUCUGCUUUUGCAAAUCCUCCUUGGGACGUGCUCAGCUUACACCUAUCAAAAUGUAGCCUUGCGUGGAAAAGCGACCCAGUCAGACCGCUAUUCAAACAUAUUUGGAUCUGCCUACAACGCUAUUGAUGGAAACCGUGACUCUAACUACGAUGCUGGAUCAUGCACCCACACUGAUGGUCAGACCAACCCCUGGUGGAGAGUGGACCUGCUGGAACCCUACAUCGUCACCUCCGUCAUCAUCACCAACAGAGGAGACUGCUGUCCAGAGAGGCUUAACGGGGCAGAGAUUCACAUCGGCAACUCUUUACAAGACAAUGGUGCCUCAAAUCCAGUGGUUGGUGUUAUUUCUCAUAUCCCAGCAGGCAGGUCUUUAAAAGUAUCUUUUAAUAGACUUGUGGAGGGACGUUACGUGAGUGUGGUUCUGCCUGGUUCAGGAAGGGUCCUUACACUCUGUGAAGUGGAGGUCUACGGGUAUCGUGCCCCAACUGGAGAGAACCUGGCACUCCAAGGAAAAGCCACACAGUCGUCACUGUAUUCUUAUUUAGGCGACGCAAAUCAUGCCAUAGACGGGAAUCGUGCCAGUGCCUGGACCCAGGCUUCUUGUUCUCACACAGGCCCUGACUUUACACCCUGGUGGAGGUUGGAUCUGGGCAAAACCCAUAAAGUGUUUUCUGUCACAAUAACCAACCGCAAAGAGGUUUCCUCACGACUCAAUGGAGCUGAGAUCCGGAUUGGAGAUUCUCUUGAUAACAAUGGCAACAGCAAUGCAAGGUGUGCUGUGAUCUCAAGCAUCCCUGGAGGUUUCACCCAAAACUUCCAGUGUAACGGGAUGGAUGGUCGCUACGUUAACAUAGUCAUUCCUGGAAGAACCGAGUACCUACACGUGUGUGAGGUGGAGGUUUAUGGCUCCAGACUGGAUUAGGUCUGAAGAGGUUCAAACUUUGUGACAAAGACAAUUUACACUGUCGAUAUGUAGCUGAUGCGCUUUUUCCUACCUUCCCUCAAUGAUGUAAACAGAAUGGGCAAAAUGAUAGAAAUAGAUUUUAUUAUUUACACCACAUAAACUGACAUAAUGAUAUAAACAUAAACAUAGUAUUGUUUAAUCAUCCAGAAGACUCUUGAAAAUGCUGAAAUAUAAAUAAACAGUGGUGAAAACAGCAACAGGGAAAUUAAAGUUGUGAUUUUGAGUGUAUAUAUACUGUAUAAACAUAUAUGAUGUAUAAAAUUUUUACUUUUGUAUUUGUUUGUGUCAUAUUUUAUUAUGUAAAGCUGUAGUAAAGUAGAAGAUUUUCUAUUCUAAUAUUUGACUUUUCUUUGUACUGUCACUGCCAACGGUUAAAUAUGAUAUCACCUUUGCUGAAAUAAACUGAAACAAUAAAUAUAA